GCAAACACACGUUUUGGUGUGUGUUAAGGUUCGCUUAAAAACUAAUAUCCAGCGACUUUUGGAGGAACUUAUCUGGAGUUUGAAACGGGGCUUGGUACGUUUCCGUUGUAAAUAACGGCUGGAUGCAUAAUUUGUGCGCAUGCUUUUUUUGACGGCACUUUUAAGAUUGUUUUGCAGACGGACGUUUGAUCUCAGGGGUAAAUGGGGUCGUUCGCUGCUGACUGUGCUUGUUUUGAUGGUGCUCUUGAAUGUCAUGACUAAAAAGGACACUUGUAAUUUUAUUUUUAAUUUUUUUUUUACAAUUUAACAUUUUUUGGUAUAACCGAUGGAUUAUUUAAACUUAGUUGUAACAAUGUAACAUGCUGCUGAAAAACCAUAGUGUACUGAGGUAUCGAUGAACUGUGCUAAGGGGCUAAUUGAAGCUCUUGUCGAAUUUUUUUUUGUAAAAUGUGCAAAUCAUUAUAUUUUUUUUCUUCAACGGUGAAGAUUUCAUGCCCGGCGUUUUGACUUUUAACCCUGCAAUAUCUUUAUUUUUUUACCAUGGCAAGCCCGAACGCCGAGCAAGGAUGUUUUUCGGACGUGAAAAAGGUGGGAUAUUUAAGGAAACCCAAAAGCAUGCACAAACGGUUUUUUGUGUUGCGGGCACCGAGCGGCUCCGGACCAUCCCGAUUGGAGUACUACGAAAACGAGAAGAAAUGGAGACACAAGUCAAGUGCCCCGAAAAGAUCCAUUGCGAUUGAGAGCUGCUUUAAUAUAAAUAAAAAAGCGGAUUCUAAAAACAAACAUCUCGUUGCCCUUUAUACCAAGGACGAGUACUUUGCCAUGGCCGCCGACAGCGAGCUGGAGCGGGAGUCGUGGUACCAAGCUCUGGUGGAGCUGCAUAACAGAGGGAAAGUCCACGAAAGCUCCGCGGGCCACUGUGUUGGCGAGGAUAAUUACGGCGAAGCCACGCCGGGACCUGCCUUCAAAGAAGUCUGGCAGGUUAUCUUGAAACCAAAGGGUCUUGGUCAAACAAAGAACUUGAUUGGAGUUUAUAGACUGUGCUUGACCAAUAAAACAAUCAGUUUUGUGAAGCUCAAUUCUGAUGCAGCUGCAGUGGUGCUGCAAUUAAUGAACAUUAGGAGAUGCGGUCAUUCUGAAAAUUUCUUUUAUAUGGAAGUUGGAAGGUCUGCAGUGACGGGGCCUGGGGAGUUUUGGAUGCAAGUGGAUGACUCUGUUGUGGCUCAAAACAUGCAUGAAACUAUAUUAGAAGCCAUGAAAGCCAUGAGUGAGGAGUUCAGACCCCGCAGCAAAAGUCAGUCAUCUUCCAACUGCUCAAACCCCAUCUCAGUGCCUGUCAGGAGGCAUCAUCACAACAAUCCUCCCCCCAGCCAAGUUGGAUUGGGCAGGCGCUCGCGAGCAGAGAGUGUGACUGCCACUUCUCCUGGUAGGCCUGGGAAACAUAGCCAUUCAUUCAGAGUGCGAGCAUCCAGUGAUGGGGAGGGCACCAUGUCCAGGCCAGCAUCUGUGGAUGGCUGUCCUAGCAGCCCGAGCACAGCACAGCCGCAAUCACAGCGGCGCAGGGGUGGAUCCAGGCUUCACCCACCUCUCAAUCACAGCAGAUCUAUCCCCACGCCCACCUCGCGGUGCUCCCCCUCAGCUAUCAGUCCUGUUAGCCUGUCCUCCAGCAGCACCAGUGGCCAUGGGUCCACCUCUGACUGCCUUUUUCCACACCGCUCUAGCGCCUCUAUAUCUGGAUCGCCAAGUGAUGGUGGUUUCAUCUCCUCAGAUGAAUACGGAUCUAGUCCUUGUGACUUUAGAAGCUCCUUCCGCAGCGUGACGCCAGACUCACUUGGCCACACCCCACCUGCCAGAGAAGAGGAGAUAAACAAUUACAUCUGCAUGGCCAAGCCUGGUUCACUCCUUGGGAGCCAAUCGCGGAGCCAAUUCAGAGGAACUCCAUCAAAACUGGAGGACUCUGAGAUGGAGAAAUGUUUCAGGAAGCGAACGCACUCUUCUGGUGCAUCGCCGCCAACCCCAUGCCACCAAAAGACCCUGUCGCAGUCUUCUGCCGCAUCGUUGGAUGAAUAUACUGUAAUGAUGCCUGCAUAUCCUAAAAGCCGCUCUGCUUCAUCAUCGUCAUCAACAUACAAGAAUUCGUUCAUGCCUACACAUUCAUACCCAGAAGAAGGAUUAGAAAUGUCAACAGCUAAAGAAAACUGUGGGCCAGAGCACAAAGAUGAUGGCUAUAUGCCCAUGUUGCCAGGUGUUGCACCUGCAACCCGAACAGUGAAAAAUGGUGACUACAUGCCCAUGAGUCCAAAAAGCGUGUCUGUACCACAACAAAUUAUCAACCCCUGGCAGCACUCGCAUGUUGACUCCAAUGGCUAUAUGAUGAUGUCACCAAGUGGCAGCUGUUCUCCAGAUGGCACAACAAACUAUGGCAAGAUCUGGACUAAUGGUGUCAACCCCAAGCUCUCCAUUGAGUGUAUUGAAGGAAAAGUGUCAUCUUGUGGAGACUACAUGAACAUGUCCCCAGCUAGCUGCUCAACGACCAGUACGCCACCAGACUGCUUCUUCAGCCCUGUUGAGGAUCAUCCCAGGCCUAUGUAUGGCUACUUCUCAUUGCCUUGCUCCUUCAAACAUGCCAACAAAAAGCAGGAUCAGAACCCACUUCGGAUGUCACUGGGCUCCAGUCGUGUGGCAUAUGCAGAUUCCUCCUCCUCUUCAGCGAGCAGCGACAGCCUGGGUGGUCAAGGCAACUCGCAACAGUCUGCUGUCAGACCCAAAAGGUCAGAGGGCAACAGUAGGCUGACACGUCCAACACGGCUGUCACUGGAUGCUAGCAAAGCAAGUACUCUACCACGAACACGUGAGAAUCCCUUCCCUCCAGAGACCAAAAGUCCUGGGGAGUAUGUCAACAUUGAGUUCAACGAUAAGGCGUAUUCAGUGAGUUUAGCAUCGCUUUUCCCAUCUGUGUUCACUGGCAGUGACACUGAGGCCCCGUCAGACCUUUCAUCAUCUGAGUACAUGAACAUGCAGCUGGGGUCACAGGCCAGGCAGCUGAGCCCAGAAAUGGAGAUUUCCACAUCCUGUUCAGACUAUGCCAUCAUCACUCCAUCAAACUCUGUAUCUUCCGCUCCUUUGCCAUGUGAGAGCAUAUGUGAGCGUGACUACAUCAGCAUGCAGUUGGGAUCCUGCACUAACUAUUCUAAUAAACAAAUGAUGGUCAUGACUGAAGCUUUGCCAGAUGCUGAAGCCCCUCUCAGUUCCAUAUCACCCAAUCAUGACAUCUCAACUCUAAGCGGCCCUCUGUCAGGGCUUUGUGCCUUCACACGGGUUAACUCCACAUCUGGGCGGAACCAAGGGGCUAAAGUUAUCCGUGCUGACCCACAAGGAAGACGGCGACACAGUUCGGAGACUUUUGCGUCCACAACAAUUAGAGGGGUGGUUGACACUUCAGCAGCCUGUCCGUCAGGUGAUGUCAAGCGUCACAGUUCUGCCUCUUUUGAGAAUGUUUGGUUAAGACCUGAUGAGGCCUCUACUACGGCCGCUUCUCCUGUGUUCACCAUAAGCGGUGGACAAAGGGAAACCACUUUGGACCCAAUUCCCACUUUAAUGAGUCAUGACCAAAAUGGCCUGAACUACAUAGAUCUGGAUCUAGUACAGAAUGGUGAGCAGCAUGUUCCAGACUGGAAUGUGUUCCAAUCUCAACCAGUGGAGCUGGGAGCCGUGGAAGGUAUAGAGGAGCUCCGUGCCUACGCCAGUAUAAACUUCCAGAAAUCAGAUGAGACCAGAGGGAAUCUCACACACCGAGAAGAAUGAAGAGUACAAAGUCACCGCUUUGAGACUCAAGACUCAAUCUCUUCCCUCUCCCAAGAACCCGGACCUCAAUUAAACUGGACCUCAGUAAAUACUAACCUAGAUUUCCUGGACUACACUAUCAGCCGUACGCUACCAAAACCACAUGCAUAACCGGACCUCACAAUUGCUGGAUUCCACUAACCAUAAAUCUGCAACAUCUUGUACUUCUCAACUGCACUUUCAAUAUGCACACCUCUUCAGACUUUACCAGAACUUGGGCAUCACUGUUACAUUUCUACCUUCAUAAAUGGUGCAACAGCACCUUUCUACAUAGUUAAGAAGUAAAUGGUACUGCAGUAGUUGUUUCUCAAUGCAAUGUUACAUUUUUGAAUUUAUAUUUAUGUAAAUGAUGGUACAUUAUUAGUAGCAACGUGUGACAAAUGUUUUUGGUACAGGGAUGCUCUUCGAAGUAGCCAUCUUGUGUUGGAUUUGUACAACAGUGUAAUGCCCCAACAGUGUUGUAUAUUGUACUCAUUUCCCUCGGCAAUGCCAGUUAUUUCCAAUAUAGUUGGUACUACACAUUAUAAUACAACUCGCAAUUACACACACUUUUAUACACCCAGUACGGACAACCUCAAACACCCAGACUUGACCUCAGGACUUUGUUUAAAGAGUUUACACACACUGUGUUUUAGCACUGUGAGCCAAGAACGACCUCAUGCUGCCAAACACACCGUGAUGUCUGUCAAACCCUUUGAAUUCAUGUUUUAUUUCAUGCUUGGUCACAUUUUGUCCCUUUUAAUUGCAUUGAUUACCUUUAUGUAACAUAUGAGUGCAUAUUGGCUUCCAAAUAGUCAAAUAUUUUGGUACUUUUUUUUUUUUAAUGCCACAGGCACAGGUUUGAUUAUCACAGAUAAAAAAAAAAUAAAUAAAAAAAACGUAUCUUAUUGGAAACUAAUGAUACAGAUUUGAGAUUUUGCAGAAUCGUGGUGGGUGGUUUUUGUUUUUCCUCGUGCUAACAUCGCUAUCGAAUAAGAGGCCUUUCAGCCCUGAUUGGGCUAAUUUACAAGCUUGUACAAGCAAUCACAUUUUUGGUGUAUAAAUUACAUUACAGAACUAAUGUUACUGAUCUAAUUGGACCACAAGUUGUGGGUCUAACUUAACACAAACUUGCACAAGAAUGUGUGCCGUGAGGGUUCAAUACAAUACGUUAAAAUAGCUUAAUGGAUUCGGAUUGCAAGUAAAUAUUACUGGCAGCAGUUUUUUUUUUUUUUUUUAAAAAGUAUCCUGCUGUUAAGCCUUGGAAGUCAUUAAAAGUUGCCUGCAACUUUUUAAAGGCCAUUUUAUUUCUUGUUAUAUCUUAUAUUUCUGAUGUUUUAUUUUUGCGUAAAAUAACUCUUGUUGUGGCAACAGGUUUUAAAAAGAAAAAAAAACUCAAAAAAUGAAAUUUUUGCUGCUGAAAUGAAACAACCAAUGAACAAUCUGUAAAUUAUUGAAUAUAGAAAAUUUGUUUUUGUUCACUUUUAAGAGUUAAAAGUAUUUAACAUUUAAUGGUUUGUGUUCCGAUUUUGUUUGCCUACUUUAAAAUCCUGACACAUCGUUUUGAAAAUGUGUCUACUUUUCUUAAAUUCAAUCUUUUUGGUGGGAAUAUUUGCUUCAUCUUAAUUUGUGUAAUCCAACUUUAUGAGAAAAAAUGGUACAGUUCUAUAGAGUUUCUUUAAUGUUUUUAAAAGAUGGAUAUUAUUGUUAUAUGCACAUUAGGGACUUCCCUUUUCCCCACAAAAAUGGAAUUGUUUUUUGGGAAGCUGUUACACUUGCGUUUCCCUGAAUGCUGUUUGGCUGAGAGUGGUGUUCUUGUAACCUGAUAGGCUACUGUAAAAGUUGUUUGUCAUUUGAUAGUUUGCAGUUGUCAAUUUAGCACCCUGCUGUCAUGUUGAGAUACUGCAUAGGGUGUAGUGUCUCUAGUUACAGGAACAUCACUAUUCCAACCUUUAUAUGGCCAAACAUCUCAACCAAACUUGUAUAUAAUUUAUUGUAUAAAAGAAAAUUGAUGAUCGAUACUGAUGGGUACUGGACUGACCAGGGAUGUUUUAUUAAAGCUCAAAGCAAGCAGGUGAUUUGUCAUCACAUAAAUGAAUGAAUUGAAACAUGUAAACAAAAUGAGUGUAUGUACAGUUGAAUGGAUGUAGUAUGCACAUGUAUACAAAUAUGUUUGUAUGAAUGAAUGAAUUACCAGCAGUAAGGAGAGGGCUUUGUAUAUACCCCUCCCUGCCUCCCCUAUUUAGAAGAAUGGUAUGUUCUGGAACCUUGACGUGUAAUAAAGUAGAAGCGCUU